AUGUUUACAUUGCUCUCUCCCAUUUUCUCUCUCUAUCUCUCCUGUUACUCUCUGACUUUGCUUAAACAUCUAUCUAUCUAUCUAUCUAUCUAUCUAUCUAUCUCAGACUUCAUAUCUAUCUCCGUCUGUAUAUCUGUACAUAUCUCAGUCUGUUCACAUUUACCUAUCUAUCUAUCUAUCUAUCUAUCUAUCUAUCUAUCUAUCUAUCUAUCUAUCUAUCAAUGUUCAUAUCUUAGUCUAUUCAUAUCUAUCUAUUUAACUACAUAUCUCAGUCUGUUUAUAUCUAUCUCAUUGUCUGUUGAUGUCUGUCUCUGUUCAUAUCUACUUUGUUUCUAUCUCUCUCUCUUUCUCUCUCUCUCUCUCACUCUCUCUCUCUCUCUUCUGUUCAUAUCUAUCUUGGUCUAUUCAUAUCUAUCUAUUCAACUAUCUAUCUAUCUCGAACUGAACAUUCUGUUCAUAUCUAUCUUGGCCUAUUCAUAUCUAUCUAUUCAACUACUUAUCUAUCUCAGUCUGUUUAUACCUAUCUAUCUCAUUCAGAACAUGUCUAUCUAUCUAUCUAUCUAUCUAUCUAUCUAUCUAUCUAUCUGUCUGUCUGUCUGUCUGUCUCAGUUUGUUCAGGCCAACCCUAUCACUCGAUAA